AUGACUGUGUCGUCCUCCUCACCCGCGACGCUGUCCUCCCUGGGUGAGGCCUCGAUUUCUUACCUGGACUGGCUGGCACCGGGCCUCUCCGUUUCGCUGCAUCAUCUCAUCCACCGCCUCACCACGGUCGGAUCCUCCCUCGUCCACCAGCUCGCUCCACCCCAGCAGCCCAGCGGUCAUCUGCCUGCUCUCGAACACCUGUCCGUCGCAGUUCUUAUUCUUACCGUCCUUGCUGGUGCGCUGGUUGUGGUCGCCAUGAGCUGGCGUGGGCCAUGGAAUUUCUGGCGCCGCGGGCCAGCGUACAGCAGCACCGUCCCCGUCCCGCCGCAAGUGAACGACAGCGACUUUUCCUACCUCACGCCCGACGACAUUGUCGAUCCGCCCCUCGUCCACGAGCAACCCCCGUAUACUCAGCACCGUCAUCCGGCGCCUAUUGAUCCGAUCGACGAAAAUGGGCCAGAUAUCUUACUGCUCAAACACCGCGGGGUUACCUACCCGCUGCAUUUCCCUCCCUAUGCCAUCGACGACGGCGCACUCACUGUGGGCGAGGUGAGGCGGCGUGCCGCUGAGAAGACGAGGACAUCGGAUCCCCGGCGAAUCAAGAUGCUCUACAAGGGGAGGCUGCUGCGGGAUGACGCACUGCCCUGCAAGGAUGAAGGCCUGAAACAAGAGUCCGAGAUUAUGUGCGUUGUCUCCGAGGUGCUGCCCGGGGAGAGCUCGAGCGAUCUCUCUCUCAGUGAUGAUGAUAAGUUGAGCGAGCCUCUCAGCCACGACGGCUCCGACCACUACGCACGACAUGGCAAGAACAAAAAGAAGAACAAGAAGAAAAAGAAGCCGAAGACCAACCAGCGACCGGCGAACACAGUGGCAGAUCCCACCAGCUUGGCUCCACCGAUGGACCAGCGGCCCUCGUCUUCUGGCCGUUCAUCGGCCGCACCUUCGCCAGCGCCCAGUCUGCAGAACUUGCGGACGGGACAUGACCAGGUAGAAGCUCUCGCGGGAUACUUCCGCUCUUCUCUGGUCCCCUUGUGCGAGGACUACAUCUCCAACCCACCGGAGGACCCUAAGGCGCGGGAAUUUGAGCAUAAACGGCUCAGCGAGACCGUUUUGACUCAGGUGAUAUUCAAAGCUGACGAGAUCGAGGCUGAGGGGGUUCGGAAUGAGCGCCGGGCGCUGAUCAAGGAGGCGCAGGCGAUGCUGGCGAGACUGGACCAGGCUGCGCAGGAGCACAGUUCUUGA